UUAAUUAAAUUAAUUUUGGUUUAAAUAUGAUUAUACUAUUGCUGCUAUUUCUAUCGGCAUGUGCCUCGUGGGUGUUAUGGGUUGUCCACACUCAACGAUUCGAGAAAGCAACAGCUUCGCUGCCUUCGCUGCCUGGCGUGCCGCUGCUGGGGAACGCGAUGCUCUUUAUUGGGAACACAGAAAAAAUUUUACAAAACUUGCAAAACAUCGCUAACCUGGCUUUCAAGCAUAAGGGUACAGUCAAAAUUUGGUUGGGGCCUAAAUUGUAUGUCGCUCUUGCGAAUCCCGAAGACGUUCAAGUAGUUUUGGACAACUGCUUAGACAAGGACGUAGUGUACCGCUUCCUCAGACCAUGGCUGGGAUAUGGUUUAUUUGUUGCACCUUUGGAACUAUGGAAAUCUCACAGGAAAGUGAUGAGAUCAGUGUUCAACAACAAAGUGGUGGAAGAGUACCUGGCAGUGUUUGCGGCUCAGGCCGAUGUUUUGGUCGAAAAACUGGACUCGAUGGUCGGGAAGGGAGAUUUUGAUGUCCUGAAAUUUAUUACCGCCUGCACACUGGACAUCGUGUUUGAAACUGCAAUGGGCGAGCGCAUGGACGUGCAAGAGAAGCCCGAUACCCCAUACCUGCGCGCGCGCCACACGGUCAUGACCAUUCUCAACAUGCGCUUCUUCAAGGUGUGGCUGCAGCCAGAUUUCCUGUUCAACCUCACCUCCUACGCGAAAGAGCAUGACGAAAGCAUCAAGCUCACGCAUAAAUUUACUGAUGAGGUUGUUAAAAAGAAACGUAUGGAGUACGAGAAGAACAAGCACAACAAUAACACAGAUGGCAAAUUGAAAGCUGUGCUAUAUCUCCUGUUCGGACGUGAGAUCGAGUUUACCGAUGAGCAGCUUCGUGAACACAUCGAUUCAAUCACGAUCGCCGGCAAUGACACCACUGCGCUGACCAUCGCUUACACGCUGAUGCUGCUGGGAAUGAAUAAGGAUGCACAAGAAAAAGUUGUUGAAGAGCAAAGAGAAAUUUUCGGUGAUUCCAAACGCGGUGCUACCAAAGAAGACAUUCCACAAAUGAUGUAUCUAGAAAGAGUGAUAAAAGAAAGCAUGCGGCUUUACACAGUUGUACCAAUCAUCGCCCGCAACGUCGAUAAAGACGUUUAUCUUCCGGGGAGCGGCAUCACGCUGCCGGCAGGCACAGGAGCGGUGGUGGGCUCAUUCGCGUUGCACCGGUCCCCGGCGGUGUGGGGCCCAGACGCGGACAAGUUCGACCCGGACCGGUUUCUGCCGGAGCGCUCUGCUGACCUUCACCGAGCGGCCUUUGUGCCCUUCAGCUUCGGGCCAAGAAAUUGUAUAGGACGGAAUUACGGAAUGUUAAUACUCAAGAGCGUCAUUUCCACGAUCAUUAGAUCAUUCAAAAUCGACGCGGAUGAAGUUGGACCACUCAAGAUGGAGCUGCUGCUGUUUCCCAUACGAGGUCACCAAAUAAGAAUAACGAGGAGAGACGACUAACCAAAUGGUGCAGUCAUAUC